AUGUCAAAUGGGUUCUGGCGGAGACGGGCUCCAAUUGUGGCGUGGAUCUGCAGGCUUGUCUUGAUGAAGAUUGGCAUGAAGGUGUUUAGGUGCUGCACUUGGGCCUGUAGGUGUGAGUCUUUGUGUGGCUGUGUUUUGCAGGUUCUGGCGGAGACGGGCUCCAAUUGUGGCGUGGAUCUGCAGGCUUGUCUUGAUGAAGAUUGGCAUGAAGGUCAUGGAGGAGGUCACAGUCAAAGUGGAGCUCAGGUUCUGGCGGAGUCGGGCUCCAAUUGUGGCGUGGAUCUGCAGGCUUGUCUUGAUGAAGAUUGGCAUGAAGGUCAUGGAGGAGGUCACAGUCAAAGUGGAGCUCAGGUUCUGGCGGAGUCGGGCUCCAAUUGUGGCGUGGAUCUGCAGGCUUGUCUUGAUGAAGAUUGGCAUGAAGGUCAUGGAGGAGGUCACAGUCAAAGUGGAGCUCAGGUUCUGGCGGAGUCGGGCUCCAAUUGUGGCGUGGAUCUGCAGGCUUGUCUUGAUGAAGAUUGGCAUGAAGGUCAUGGAGGAGGUCACAGUCAAAGUGGAGCUCAGGUUCUGGCGGAGUCGGGCUCCAAUUGUGGCGUGGAUCUGCAGGCUUGUCUUGAUGAAGAUUGGCAUGAAGGUCAUGGAGGAGGUCACAGUCAAAGUGGAGCUCAGGUUCUGGCGGAGUCGGGCUCCAAUUGUGGCGUGGAUCUGCAGGCUUGUCUUGAUGAAGAUUGGCAUGAAGGUCAUGGAGGAGGUCACAGUCAAAGUGGAGCUCAGAUGGCGCAGCUGAUCAAGAGGACCAUGAGAGAAGAGGAAGCGUCGGCAGGGGGCAUACCUGGUGAGGGGUGUACGCAGGUUGCUGUGAAAUGGGAGUGGUGUCAAAAGAGGAAGACAGGGCCUCGGUGGAGCAGAGAAUCUGAGAACCUGGGGCCAAGCGAGGACGGCGGCGGCAGAAGCAGCGUUGUGGCGAUCAUCAGCAGCAACAUGUGCUGA